CCCGCCCCCCCCCACCAACACGAUGACUCGAGUCCGCCGCAAGCGCGUGCACAAGAACAACAAGGAGUUCCGCAAGUCCAUCCGGACUCGGCGCCGCCCACGCGAUCUGGACCAAAUCUACGAGGACAUCCAUGACCCGGCCAAGAACCAGAAGAUGACCAACCAGCCGGAGGACGAAGAUCUCCCCGGUCUUGGUCAGUUCUACUGUCUGGAGUGCGCUCGCUAUUUCGAGGGCCCCGACCACCUCAGCAAGCACAAGCUUUCCAAGCAGCAUAAGCAGCGCGUUCGCGAGCUCAAGGACGAGCCCUACACCCACGAGGAGGCCGAGGCCGCCGCUGGCAUGGGCCGGGCCAUCAAGUCUCCGUCCCAGGUGAACCGCCCGCUCGGGGUGACCCCCCUGCUGGCCGGCCUUGGGGCCGCCACCCCGGCCUCGGUGCUGGCCUCCCUCAACACCGCGGCUCCGACUGCUCCUCCCCAGUCCGAUGACCACAUGUCCCACAACUAACCGGUGACCGGACCCAGGGGGGCCCAUUCUCCGUGCCGCGCACCUCCCUUCGACUUGUACAUUAAACCGCUGAUUUUCCA